ACUUCCGGCGAGGGCGUGGCUACCGUGGCCGCCAUUUUGGUAGGGUGUCAUUACAGAUUUGAAGUCUUGGUAGGGUGGUCGAAGUCGCUAUCGGAGUCAGCACAACCACAACAACAACCACAACAACAACCACAACCACAACAACCACCACAACAACAACAAACUAUUACUGCCACUGCUAUACUACCAGUACAACCAACUCGACCACCACCACAACUACAGUUGCGACCACCAUCACUCUAACAGCGGUAACACUACAACCACCAUCACUAUACAACAACAACCACAACAACAACCACAACAACAACAACGAUCAGCAGCAGCCGUCCUCAUGGUUCUGGAAGAAUCCGCGACGAUGGAGGCGGAAGAGUUCGUGCCGGCGGACUUGACGGAGUUGGAGUGCCAGGAGUUGGCUCACAUCCGGAGACGCAAACUCAGCCUGCAGGAGGAGAUCCUGCGUCUGCGCAUGGAGAUUGAGCAGGUGGCCAGCGAAAUCGAUUCCAUCAACAGCACUGAGAGCAGCAAGACGUUACAGCGCGUGAAGCAGAUGGCCAUCGGACGCAAGAAGUUCAACAUGGACCCUAAGAAGGGCAUUGUGUACCUGGAGGAGUGUGGACUGCUGCUACACACGGCACCACACGUGGCGGAAUUCCUGCACGGUGGAGAGGGCCUCAACAAGACGGCCAUUGGGAACUACCUGGGGGAGAGAGACGACUUCAACUUGGCCGUGCUGAAGGCGUUUGUGGAGCUCCACGAAUUCACCAACCUGAACCUGGUGCAGGCACUCCGACAGUUCCUGUGGAGUUUCCGCCUUCCCGGCGAGGCGCAGAAGAUCGACCGCAUGAUGGAGGCGUUCGCUGCACGCUACUGUCACUGUAACACCGGCGUCUUUGUGUCUACAGACACGUGCUACGUGCUGUCGUUUGCUGUCAUCAUGCUCAACACGAGUCUGCACAACCCCAAUGUGCGUGACAAACCGGGCGUGGAGAGAUUCAUCUCCAUGAACCGUGGCAUCAACGAUGGCGGAGACCUCCCGGACGAGCUGCUGCGGAAUCUCUUUGACAGCAUCAGGAAUGAGCCGUUCAAGAUUCCGGAGGACGAUGGAAACGACCUCACGUACACAUUCUUCAACCCUGACCACGAGGGCUGGUUACUCAAGCUGGGAGGCACUUGGAAGACGUGGAAACGUCGCUGGUUCAUCCUCACCGACAACUGCCUCUACUACUUUGAGUACACGACGGUGAGACACGCUCACCCACUCGCUCAUUCACCC